AUGGACUUCUUCGAGGGGAAGCGCGUGCGCGAGCUCAGGAACACGUUCGAGGACGCGCUCGAUGCGUCGCUCGAGCCGCAGUCGAUGCAGGAGUUCUCCGCCGCCUUAAGCGGCGUGGACGCGGAGAUGCACGAGCCGCUGUACGACCUGUACUGCCAGCUCCUUCAGGGCAUCUCGACGUUCAGCCUGGACGAGUUCGAAUCCAUCUUGAAAGAGGAAGCGCUCGUGCCGCGGCUGAACGCGGUCGACCAGGCGUGCGAGGCGAGGGGUAUCAUGGGGUUUGGCGCGAGCGCCGCGAACGGCAGCGUCGCGCCGCUGACGCGGCCGCCGGACGCGGUCAUGCGCGCGCUCCGGGCGGAUCUGAAGCGCAAGGAGGCGGACAAGUUGCGAGCGAAGAUGGUCGAGGCCGAAGCCGCCGCCGCCGCGGCGAAGAAGAACCUGCACGAGAAGAGCGCGGCGGCGAAGAAGAUGGCGAACGAUCUCAGGACGGGCGCGGCGGAGCUCAGGGGGGUGAACGAGAGCGUCCAGGAGUGGGUGAACCGCGCGCCGACGUUCCCGGCCGGGUCCGGGAUGGCGCCGGCGACGGCGGGGGGACCCGCGGCGGCGUGA